AUGGCGGGAGACCACGACGAGCCCGAGGUCCUAGCACACGAGCCCAUGCCUAAAGGUUAUAGAUUUGUUCCCAAAGGCAACGUCUACAUCACCAAGAACUGCCGCAAGAAGACGCACGAAGCAGAGCGGACUCUUUAUGUUGUUGUCAACAGGAAAGGGAAACCAAUGGGCCUACGAUGCCCCGCCCAUAUCCACAAUGCCGUUAUGAGCGAGAACAAGGCGACUGCGGCGCAGCGAGCUGAGGCAGUCCAGAAGCGGGAUGCAGCCAUCGAGGAUAAUUUUGAGGAGGCCAUAGUGAAGCUCUUUCCCAAGAUUCCCAAGUCCGAGGUCCCGCAAAUCCUCAAACACACGCUCAAAAAGCACAGCCGGCGUGUGGGGAGGACCGGGACGGUGGCCCUGCAAGACAGGGUGAAGCUCGCGGUGCGCGCACACAUCCGACACGUCCACACCGAAUAUGACGGGUUGCUUAAGCACGGCGCGAGCAGGCCGGUCGCAAGGGAGAAGAUAUGGGACAGGCUGAACGAGGUUGCUAGGCAGUGGGGCGGGCGGUCGCUCAAACGAGCCGUGACAGGGUCUGCCAAAACUAAGCUGGUAAAAAAGUCCGGGAAGAAAACGAUGGCCAAUGUUGAAGCUAAAAAGGCUGCCGUUGACACAACUCGUAUGAAGGGUCGCCGAAAGGGUUCAGAGGUGCUGGAUCUGUCACCGCUGCCAUCUGUUCCUAUAGCUCUAUCAGUGGAGGGGUUGGAUGUAGAUACGAGGGACGCUAUCUUCACUACAGACGAAGAAACAAGCGACCUUGAGAGUGACGGUAGUGAAUGGAGUUUAUAA